AUGGGGAAGCCCAAACCCAGACCUGCUACAAAGGGGCCUGGCAAGGGGAAGUCUACCGCUACUCAACGAGGAUCCAACACAGCCUCCCGUCUAGCCAGCGCAAGACGGACGCGGCUGCCGCAACAAGGUCGAGCGGGUCGCCCCGGGCUGAAGCAGCAAGCCGCGCCAAAGCUCCAGGGCCGGGCCCGAGGGCAGCCCCAGGAGAGCCCGGCACAUAGCCAAUCAGGGGGAGGUAAUGCUGCAGCUCCUCCGCCACCGCCACCGCCGCCGACUGCUCCGCCGGCUGCAUCGCCUCGAUCUGCACCUCCUGCUGCAUCAGUGUCACAUGCAGCUGGUCGAGCACAUAUGACAGGAGUGUCAUGCACGUCCCAACGUGCAUCACGCGCUGCUCGACGCGAGUUGGGGGCGCGCCAAGAACCAAGGCAGGGGGAGGAGGCGGGCUCGGGGCGUGCGGGAAGUGUGACGGGGGAACUUGGGGCAUUGGGGAACGAGGCGGUAGCGGUUGGAAGGGUAGGGGAAAACGCCGCAGUGGGGACUGUGCUGGGGGUCGCUGUGGUUCCCAGGAGGGCGGGUGGAUUGGUGCUUGAGGGAGAUGCUACUGCUGCUGCGACUGCAGCUGAGACGGUGGCGGACCCUGUGUUUGCCGGCGGUUCUGCCGCUGCCGUUGGCGGCGGCUCAACUUCACACGCUGCCGCCCCACAGGUGGCACAGAAGGAGGCGGAGGAGCCAAGCCCGGGCGUGGAUCAGGAGCAGACCGCGGAGGCGGUGUUGUCGGCGUCACCGGCGCCUGUAACGGUGGCUGUGCUGGCGGCAGUGGUGUCUGCUGCGGCUGGGGAGCAGGGCGCAGCCCCGUCGGAGGUUGACGCGAUGCCUGUCGCUGCGAACGCCAGAACGCGUGUACCUGCCGCGGCCGCAAACAGACCAGAGGCGGGGGCAGCACCAACGAAUGAGGAGGACGCAGCGGGCUCUGAGGACAACGGUGGCGACCCAUAA